UGGAGUUGGUGCACGGGAAGGAUGAGGAAGACCAGGCGCUGCGGGCUGCUGUGGAUGCUCUUUGUCUCACAACUUCAAGCUGCAACUGAAUUAACUGAGGAAAGGUUUGAUCUGGAAGAGGGGCAGACCCUGACUGUGAACUGUCCCUAUGGGAGAGGGAUGUAUGACCACAGCCAGAAGGCUUGGCAGAGGAUAAGAGAGGGAAAAGAGCCGCCCCAGACCCUGGCAACCACAGAGAUGCCUUCAGAGAAUUCCCAUUUGAUCCAAGUGGGGAGGAUCAUACUAGAAGAUUACCAUGAUCAUGGCUUAUUGCGUGUCCAAAUGACCAACCUCCAAGUGGAAGACUCUGGACUAUAUCGAUGUGUGAUCUGCCAGGAUCCCAAGGAACCUCACAUGCUGUUCUAUCCCGUCCGGUUGGUGGUGGCCAGGGGGUUCCCGUGUUCAACAUUGUCAUUCUUGUGGCUGGCGGAUUCCUGAGUAAAAGCCUGGUCUUCUGUGUCCUGUUUGCUGUCACACUGAAUUCAUUUGGACCCUAGACCCACAAACCCACGAGAACAUCUUCUGACCUCCGGCCACAUCCAUCUCGCAGUUGUGCCAAGAGAGAGGAGACAAAAGGUCGGGGGGAGUUAAUAGCAUGGAUUAAAUCUGUAAUCACUGGCUAUUUCUAAAGUCAGGAUCUCACCUUCCUGCCUACUGCCCCCAUUUCUCACUUGGAUGGGCAUUUGCCCCUCGGAAAAGAAGUUACAGCCCCAAACAUGCCUGGUCCUUCAUGCCAUCAGCCACUUGGCGUUUGCAUGAAAUAAGGACAGUUCAAUGCUUUUCAUCAUAAUUUCUUGUGGGGGCUGUGACGUGCAGAGCACAGCUGAUCCUUCUCCUGCUCGGUUUUGCCCUGGACCAUACAAUUUUGGCCUGACCUGGACAGAGCUCCCACUACAGAAGCAUCCUCCUUGCCCGAUGCUGGGACUUCCUCUCUGCAGCAUCAGACACUUGGUUUUCAUGCUCAUAUGUGCUUCUUUCCAACACUCCCAGAAAAGGGUGUUGAAGAUUGUGGAACGCGGAGAAAUAAGACCUCAUGGUGAGAAAGUGCAUCUUUCUCAGAGAAAAUAGUUAAAUUGAAUAUCUUGUCUUGGGAAAAUACUGGCAGGAUGAGAUGGGAUCCAUGGGACAGCAUUGAUAGACAAUAUCAGACAUCCUGUGUGCGAUUAUCUCUGGAUCCUGAAAAUAGCCCCAUGAAAGCAAAGAUGUAUGUGACUAGAACGAGGCCACAUGAAUAAGCCACUGCCUGCUGGCAGGAGUGAAAACUGAAGAGCUCCUUACCUGAAGGACCCCAAAGCUAUAUAGAACAGAAUAACCAGGGGUUC